GGGGCGGGCUUGGCGGGCGAGCGGCGCCGGGGCCCGGCGGGGCUCUGAGGGCGGCGGUAGGGCCCGGCGGGGCCGGCAGUGCGGCUCCGUGCGGCCGGCGGCACUAGGGCCCUGCGGGGCGCUCGGGCGGCUCUAGGGCCCGGCGGAGCACCGCGGGCGGCUCUAGGGCCCGGCAGCGCGGGGCGGGCGGCUCAGGGGCCCUGCGCGCCCACGCCGGGGGUCUCGCCUCCCUCCCGCCAUAGAAGGAGCAAUGGCGGCGCCGUAGCGCGGCCGCCGAACCCCCGCCCGAGCGCCGCGCCCGGGCCCGGCGGGAGCCGAGCGGGGCCGCCGCUCCUCCUCCUCCUCCUCCCGCCGCCGCUCCCCGCAGCCCCGCGGCCGCCAUGGCCACCGAGCUGGAGCCGCCGGCCGCCAGCGCCGUGUCGGGCGCGGCGCCGCUGGAGGCGGAGGAGGACGAGGAGCACUGGCUGUACGGGGAUGACACCACUGGUAAGCAAGAAGAUGGACCAAUUUCUGGGCACCCAGAGUCUGCUCACCCUCUGCAGGACGCUCCCCAGGAGAGCCGGCCCGUCACCAGCGAGGACAGAGACAUGGCCCAGCACGCCCUCCCCAGCGGUGAGGAUGAUGAGGAUGACAGUGACAGUGACAGCGAUGACGAUGAUGUGAAGGUCACAAUCGGCAACAUCAAAACGGGAGCGCCGUCCUACAUGGGAACUCCUAUGAAUCUAAACUUAAAAACGGGUAGAGGCUAUGGAGCAUCAGCUUCAGCCAAGUUGCAGCCCAAAGGUAUUGACUUGGAUGCCGCAGGGAAUAUAAAUGGAUUGCCUGUGAUAGAAGUGGAUUUGGAUUCUUUUGAAGACAAACCGUGGAGGAAACCAGGUGCUGAUCUUUCUGAUUACUUUAAUUAUGGAUUCAAUGAAGAAACAUGGAAAGCUUAUUGUGAAAAGCAGCGGCGGCUUCAGCUGGGGCUGGACCCUGCUCCUCCCAUCAGCACUGAGAACAAGAUCACGGUUCAGCAGGGAAGAACAGGAAAUGCUGAAAAAGAAGUGGAAAGCAGCAUCAUCAAAACAGAGUUCAAAACAGACUUCUUGGCUCUGGUGGGAGGACGAAUGAAGGCUGGGCCUCCUCCCAACAGGAAGCUGGGGGGCACCAUUGAUGUCAUCGGGGGCCAGGCUGGCACAAUCCGCAGGGUGGAAGGGAGACGCCGGGACAAGCACGCCUCGGAGGAGAACCCCAUCCAGCCUGCACCCUCCUCCUCCUGUGACCUCUGUUCCACCUCCCCUGCACCCUCCAGGCCUGCCUCCUCCAGGUCCAAUUCCAGGGCUGUUCCCACCACCUCUGGCACCACCACCAGCUCUCCUCAUCCCCACCUUGGAUGGGCAGCCAGCCAGCUACAACAACAGGCAGCCACCUCCCUUUGGCUACAACUCUGCAGAUUCAGGUUUCAUCAGCUACCCCCCCAUCUCCACGUCCCACACGCCCUGGGUGACCACGGUGGACAAGGGCACGAGCAGCUCCAGCAGCAGCCACUGGGAGUACUCGGGCUCCAGGCGGGACCGGGAGCGGGAGCGAGACCGGGACCGGGACAGGGAGCGAGAGCGGGACCGGGACCGCACCCCAACAACCAGUGAAUACAACAACAAACACAAAUCCUCCCGCAGGAAGCAGCACGAGAGCGAGGAGGGCGAGAGCCACCGGCGCCACAAGCACAAAAAGAACAAGCGGAGCAAGGAGGAGAAGGAGGCCAGCGAGGACGGGGCCCAGGAGGGAGAGGAGCAGGACACCAAGGAGUGAGCCAGGCCCCCACAGCCCUGGGCAGCGACUCUCCUGUGGAACCAGCAUGGAAUUGGUGAUGUUUUGUUUGGGGGGUGAUUUUUUUUAUUGUUAUUUUUUACUUUUUUCCAAGGGAAGAGGCUGACUGGGCGAGCCGGGGCACAGCCAGCAGUGCUUCAGGAGCUGAGGCUGCACGUGCCCUUAAACUUCCUUUUUUUGUUUGGUUUUGAUACAAGACAAUACAGCAGUACUAGUUACAAAGCACUGAGCUACUCUACUCAUCCACAUCCCUGGGGAGAACUUUGGUGUAUCAGAUCCUAUGGUUUCUGAUGGAAGAUGGCUUCAGCUGAAACUAAUGCAAUUAGGUCAUAGUUCUUGGUUCUUUUUGGCAUCAUCAUUCCUUUUUCAGAACUAGGACAGUAAGUGCAACUUGAAUUUAUUGUCCAAAGAACAGCGUGACUUAGAUCCAGGAGCCAGCUUAGAGCCUGGUGUCCGGUAGUGAAAAGUCUCAUCCCUGAAUAAAUUUCUUUAUAGCUGCAAAAUCAGCUUCUGAUUUCUCCGUGGCCAGCUGGGCGUGCCAGGAGGAGCUGCAGGAUCUGCUCCAGGUGGGCACAGAGGCCUGCCUGGAUGUGGCAGCUUCCAGAAGCUGCUGAGGGCGUUCACACAGCGUGUGCAGAGACUCCAAAACUGGUUUUUUAUCCAUUGCUAAGGUAGUUCUGUCAUGUUACACCCCUGCGUGGGGAAUCAAUGAAGAUCCACAGCAAGAGCAUGAAUUUCUCUUUAAUUCCUUUUGACUUAACUAUUUUAUUUCCUUUUUUUACUAAGAGUUGACUGAAUAACCUAGAGUACAGUAGAGAACACCAAGUCCCAGUUUGCAGUUUGCCCUCGUGGGACUGGUGUUUCUAUUUGGGUAUCACCAACACUCCUGUCCAAUGCAUUCCUUUCCCUUAGAUCCCAAAAUAAAUUUAGUCAAAUUCCAAAGUUUCUUUGGAUUUAGUAUUGGUUGGGGAAGGGGCGACAGAAAUGUUUCUGGGUGGGAAGAACAGGGGAAAUAAUUUUCAGGGGUUUUUGUCUGUCUGGUCAUUAGGUUCCUGCCCUUCUGUUCAUGUGAGUCCACAAAUGUCUCAUUUUCCUUUGACUUGUUAUUUAAAACUGUCUGAAAUAUUUGUCCUAAAAUAAUAUGGUUCUGAAUAUAAUGUUCUGUAUUUUU